UCGUAAAAUCGCAAUCAUUGCGGCGUCAGGCGAAGACUGCUUCUCGGUCGAGCUUUGGAGCGGCAUGGACACUUGCUUCAAAGCCUUCGAUAAGGAUGAGGACGGGUUCCUCAACCAGUCGGAGUUCAGCGCUCUGUGCCGAGCUCUGUUCCGUAACGAGUGCGGCAAACCUUAUCAUAUCGAGCCCACCAUGCUAACAAAAAUAUUUCAGAUCUUCGACACCAAUAAAGACAAUGUGAUCGAUAAGGACGAGUUCCGUUUCUGCUGGCAGCGCUGGAUAAAGCAGGUUGUUCGGCCCGUGACGGCUCUACUUGUGGUUGACGUCCAGAACGACUUCAUCUCAGGCAGCCUCGCCAUCAUCAACUGCCCCGCCCAACACCGCGGCGAGGAGGUCAUCCCUCCUAUCAACAAGAUGCUGGAGGAGGUUAAGUUCGACACAGUCGUGUACACGCUGGACUGGCAUACCACGGACCACGUCUCAUUCCUGGACAACGUCACUCUUAGGACGUUACACGAGACGAAUAAGGUAUCGCCGGAAGACGCGAAGGUGUACGACGUGAUCGUAUUUGACGUGCACCGAAACGGCGUGCCUAUGGAGCAGAAGAUGUGGCCGAGACACUGCGUCCAGGGCACCUGGGGCUCCCAGCUGCAUCAGGACCUUAAGAUGCACGAGGACCCGAUCCUGAUCUACAAGGGCACGGACCCUGACGUGGACUCGUACUCCGCGUUCUGGGACAACAAAGUGUCUUCUGCGACGGCGAAGCACGCGAUCGAGGCGGGCUACCGCACGCUGGUGGUGGACGACGCGUGUCGCGGUGUCUGCGCUGACGACAUCUGCAGCAGCAAGGAGCAGGUGCUGAGCACCUACGGCAUGGUCAUUAAGACCUCACAGGUGAAGAGUCUGGCGUCGGGGCGUGACCGUCCUCCAGUGAAGAGUCUGGCGUCGGGGCGUGACCGUCCUCCAGUACUGGGGUAUAAGCUGGCGCUGGAGCUCUCCAAGGAGCUCGCCUCCAAGCCCCCGCCUCCUGGCGCUACCAAACUCGUCUGAGCUACGCAAGAUUGCCACGUGUGACAUGACCGUGUUAGUUCCCGUUUGAAUACCCAUGUCAUGACCUGUGUUACUUCCCGUGUCAAGUCCCAUGUCAAGACCUGUGUUAGUUCCUGUGUUACUUCCCGUGUCAAGUCCCAUGUCAAGACCUGUGUCAACUCCCGUAUCAUGGCCCGUGUUAGUCCCGUGUCAAGUCCCGUGUCAAGACCUGUGUCAGCGCACGUAUCACCGCCCGUGUUUAGUCCCGUGUCAAGACCUGUGUCAGCGCACGUAUCACCGCCCGUGUUUAGUCCCGUGCCAAGUCCUGUGUCGACUCCCGUAUCAUCGCCCGUGUUUAGUCCCGUGUCAAGACCUGUGUCAGCGCCCGUAUCAUGGCCCGUGUUUAGUCCCGUGUCAAGUCCCAUGUCAAGACCUGGGUCUUGCCGUAUCAUGGCCCGUGCUUAGUGCCGUGUCAAGUCCCAUGUCAAGACCUGUGUCAACUCCCGUAUCAUGGCCCGUGUUUAGUCCCGUGUCAAGUCCCGUGUCAAGACCUGUGUCAACUCCCGUAUCAUGGCCCGUGUUUAGUCUCCUGUCCAGUCGCGUGUCAAUGCCCGUGACUAUUCCCGUGUCAUGGCCCAUGACGAGACCCGUAUUAAGUUCAUUAUCAUGUCCCGUAUUUAAUACCCGUGUCUAGACCCAAGUCAAGUUCGCUACACAUCUGCCUAAUUGAUAAAGAAAAUCUGCAUACAUUAUCGCCUCUUUGACGCCUUGCUUACGACUCACUAACAGUUUGGCGCUUAGAAGAUUUCACACGAAUGACCUAAGCGUCUUUGAUAGCAAUUGGUUUUAUACGAUUUUUACAUUGGAAUACGACAUUUUGGAAUACGAAACAUUGGAAAAAAAUUAGCAAUUAUUGCGCAACGAUACUGAUGGGCGCACGUUCUCUAAUACCGGAGAUUACGGCGCGUAUCAACGAUGCAAGAGAUGACAGCUGUAAAGUUUAUCAACGAACAUGAAGAAGUUUAUUGAAGCUAUAAAUGAACCUGGUGUGAUAAUGAGAUUUAUAUUAAUUCAGGUUCAUAAUUCCAGUAUUUUAUUAAUGUA